GUGCAAGUUUUUUUUCUAUCAAAUAUGUCGACAUGCAAGAUAGAUAUGUUGACAUGCAAGAUAGUUAUGUCAACAUGCAACAUAACUAUGUUGACAUGCAAGAAAAUUACAAUCAAAUAAAAAUUAUAAAAAAUUUCAAAAAAUCUUAAAUAUUGCCCACAUGUGACAUCCAAGAUGCUAGAUGCUACUUAUUUAUGUCGACAUGCAACUUAUUUAUGUUGACAUGCAAGAUAAAUAUGUUGACAUGCAACUUAUUUAUGUCAACAUGCAACUUUGUUAUGUUCACAUGCUACUUAUUUAUGUUGACAUGCAACUUAGUUAUGAUGACAUGCGAGAUAAAUAUGUUGACAUGCAACUUAGUUAUGUUGACAUGCUACUUAUUUAUGUCGACAUGCGAGAUAAAUAUGUUGACAUGCAACUUAGUUAUGUUGACAUGCUACUUAUUUAUGUCGACAUGCAACUUAAUUAUGUUAACAUGCGACCUCCGUAUGUCGACAUGCAACUUAUUUAUGUCGACAUGCAACUUAGUUAUGUUAACAUGCAAGAUAAAUAUGUUAACAUGCAAGAUAAAUAUGUCGACAUGCAAGAUAAAUAUGUUGACAUGCAACAUACUUAUGUCAACAUGCAACUUAGUUAUGUUGACAUGCAACUUAUUUAUGUUGACAUGCAACUUAUUUAUGUCAAUAUGCAACUUUUUCAUUCUUGCAUGCUGCUCGUUUGAAAGAGGGUAUAGUUUAAUCAAAUCUGUGGUUGCAGUGAUAGAGAAACUAACAUUUUGGGACGUCAUCGAUCUUGUCUCUCCCACAACCGACAAGCAAAAAAAAAAAAGAUACAAUGGGUGAAAAUAUCUAUACACCUGCUAUGGCUCAACGUUUGGUUGUGGACGGACUACCCCUCAGUAGAAAUGAAAUGAUUGCUGUUUAUUACCACUCUGGUUAUACUAUUCAGGAAAUCAUUGGAUUUCUUGCGAGCAGACAUAACACUGCUUUAAGUGCGAGACAAAUUCAUCGAGUUUUAAGGGAAAUGAAUCUAACGAGACGAAACAACCAGCCACGUUUGGAGGACAUUGUAACGGCUAUUUUACAUGAACUUUCAGGCUCGGGCGGUGACAUUGGCUAUAGAGGAAUGAGGAGACGUCUGCUAGUCGACCAUGACCUCAAUGUGUCUUGUGAAUUGGUGCGCCUUGCAUUAACUGUUUUGGACGCAGAAGGUGUAAUAAGACGUAGACAACGUCGUCUUCAGCGUAGAAGGUACAUUAACGAAGGGCCCAAUUUUUGUGUUCAUCUAGAUGGCUGGGACAAAUUGAAACCAUUUGGAAUUUCCAUUCAUGGUUGUGUAGAUGGCUUUUCAAGACGUAUUCUCUGGCUUAGAGCUUGCAAUUCUAACAAAAACCCUGAAUAUAUAUCCAGAUUUUAUAUAGACUAUAUCAAAGAAAUAAACGGGGUUCCUGUGGUCGUAUACGCGGACAGGGGUACUGAGAACUGCAUAGUUCGAGAUUUGCAAUACGCUUUGCGAUGGAAUCACCAGGAUCCUCUGCAAGGACUAUCAAGUUUUAGGUAUGGAUCGUCAUAUAGAAAUACAAGAAUAGAGCGAUUUUGGCGGUGUUUACGGGAAAUGUGUGGCAAUUUUUGGAUAAAUUACUUUAAGGAUAUGGAUAAUUUGGGUGUUUUUGACACAUCCGAUGUAGUUCACCUAGAGUGUGCUAGGUAUUGUUUCUUACCAAUUAUCAACAGGGAAUUGUACAGAGUUAUACAGCAUUGGAAUGAACACACAAUUAGAAGAAACCGCAAUGCAGAUUGUCCGUCUGGAAAACCAGAUGUUAUGUAUUUUCAGCCCGAAAUUUACCAAACAAGAGAUUAUAAAAUGCCUAUACCUGGUAAUCUGAAUGGCAUAGAACAAGAAUAUUGUGCCUACCCUCCUGCAAAUGGUGUUUCGAUGGAAUUUGAAGUUAUUGGUACUCAAAUAAGAAUUGAAAACGGUUUGAAUUACCCACCAAACACAGUAGAAGAAGCAACAGAACUCUUUAUCCGUAUAACAAACUAUGUAGAUCGCUUAUAAAUUACAUGUAUAUACAUAGAUUUGACUCAUGUGGUUAUAAGGAGGUAUCUUUUUCGUAUGUUCUAAAUAUUGUUUGAUAAAGGAAUUAGAAAUUGUA